AUGGAGAAACUUCGUCUUCCAACCUUCAAGGGUCUCUCCGACCCUUCUACUCAUGUCACGUCCUUCAACAUAGCGAUGCGACGCGCAAAUCUGACCGACGAAGACAAAGACGCCGGCUUUUGCCAACUCUUUGUCGAAACCCUAGAAGGACCGGCCCUUACUUGGUUCACAGGCCUCAGAGAAAACUCCGUCGAUUGUUUCCACGACCUCUCGACGGCCUUCCUGAAGAAUUAUAUCAUGUUCACCAACCAAGAAACGACCGUGUCCGACUUGUGGAACCUCACUCAUACCAGCGGCCAAAGCCUCCGCGACUUCAUGGAGAAGUUCAACGCUAUCGUCUCGAAAGUUGAUAUUCCUGAUCCUAUCGCUGUCGAGUCUCUGAUGAACACUUUGCACGUUGACUCCACGUUCCGUCAGGAUCUUUACCGAUACCCGACGAAAUCUGUGUCUGACGCCAUCGCUCGCUCGAACAACUUCAUCCGCAUGGAAGAAGACACAAGAGCAAAGUUUGCAAAAGAAGCAGCAGCGAAACAGCGACCCGCCCGAACAAACGACACCCGCCCUGAGCCCCGCCAGCACUCAUCCGGUGGGAACACCACUCAGAAGCGAGGCUACGUUAGCUCGGUCGACGACGAGGAAUCGCCAAAAACAGCAGCCGUCACGCGAGAGAAAGCCUGGAACCACUGGGAUCGAGACUCCGCCUCGAAGCAAUCAAAGUCGUCUGAACCAGCGAGUUCAAACUCCGAGGAGCAAAAGAAAUGGUGCCUCUACCCCAAAAGGGAUUCCCAUGAUACGAAAGAGUGCAAAUUGGAGUAA